CAAUGAUUCCUCACGGUCAAUAUGGCGUCCAUAGCGACAAGUGUCAAGCGUAAUAAACACGGGUUGACACGGGCUGCUUUCGGUGCCUGGCCCUCCCUCGAUUCUCUGAGUCUUCAAGCAAAACAUACAGACUACAGAAUUAUGUCAGACGAAGAGUCUCCAGUUCCCUCAGGGGAAAGUCCACAGGCUGAAGAGCAGUCACCUGCAGAGGAAUUGCCCAAAGCAGAUGAGGUGGCCCCAGAAGAUGAGGUGACCCCUGAGCAAGAGCCAGCACAUGAUGUGGUCCUUGAAGCUUAUCUUGAACCAACGGCUCCACCAGCAGAACAGGACGAAAUUUUCAAAUCUCCACCUACUGAGUUUCGUCAUCUUGGGAAUUUUCCAUUACCGCAAGAGCCUUUGUCUUCAGUGGUGUUCAGUCCGUCUCCAGAUUUCAUUCCAAGACGAGCUCCCCCUGAGACCGUUGUAGAAACCCAGCUUCCCACAAUAUUUGGCCGUGUGCCUGAACGAUGUGUCACGUUCUGCAUUGACACUAGUGGAAGCAUGUUCAAUUGCCUGCAUGUGGUAAAAGAUCAGCUGAUGGAAACACUCUCUUCUCUGGCGGCACGAGAUGAUCAACCCAUGUUCAAUCUCAUUGAGUUUAAUUCACAGGUCACACAGUGGGCGGAUAAAAUGGUGCAGUGUACGCCAGAGACUGUCGCUGUUGCAGAGAAGUGGAUAAGUAAUUUGGCUGCGAAGACAGGGACAAACACGCAAGAUGCUCUUCUUACAGCCUUAGCUGACCCAGGGUGUCAAGCUGUGUACUUAGUAUCUGAUGGACUGCCAGACCAGUAUGCUGAUGAUGUACUGGACCGUGUUGUAGGUGUGUGUGGCCGUCGUUGCAUCCACUGCAUCUACCUCACAGGGGAAACUGCAGAUGAGGUAGCCACCGAGUUCAUGGAGGACUUAGCUGUGGAAACAUUUGGCUCUUUUCAUAUUGUCACUUUGACAACCCAUGGUUGUGUGGAGAGGAUAACACCAGUCUAUCGUUCUGACCACUCUCAUGAAAAGCUGGUCCACACUGUCAACAACACCCUGAGACCCAACAUCAAGACUUGCAGUGUUUCGACAACUCUCCAAGUUGACCCAGAUAAAAUUCUUGGUGGUCCCUCUCGGGCUGCAGCCUUGGCCUACGCCCAUAACCCUUUUGUGAUUCCACCAGCACUUUACUCCACUCUGCCUCACCGCUAUUACUACCCAUACUAUUGGUCAAGAUAUCGUCCAGCUAAAGCAUGGCUAGCAGCCCAAGACAAGUUAGGAGAUCCAGUGCUUGACUUGUCACCAGCAGCAGGCAGUCUUUUGGUCGGAAAGAAAGUUGUUGCGAGAAGGAUUGAGGACGGUUACUUCUAUCGAGCUACAGUCCAGAGUCAAAACUUUGGUGAGAAGUUUCUUCUUGCUUUUGGCCCUUGCAAACAUGGAAAAUAUCGCCAGACGGAGUAUCAGGACACAUAUGUGUUUGAUAUUGUUGACUACGUAGAUGCUCUGCGACAUACAAUAAUCUCGGGCGAUCGGGUGCUGGCACCCUGGGAACCAGAAGGAGAAAGAUUUGCUCCUGGUAUUGUUCUAGAAGGGCAAGAGAAGCGUCAUGCAGAUGGACCAGCGGACCAGCCCCUGACCGUGUCCUUUAGUAACGGACGCACGGAGAAAGUUCCCGGUGACGUAGCUGUGUGGAUUCACCCCAGCACCUACGAACGUCUAUCUCUGGAGCUCCAGAUGCCAACAGAAGCAAGGAAGUCCCUGCUCUCAACAGCUGACCAGUACCCAAUAGAAAACCUGCCCGGGUACCCAACUUCUGGCCCUUCUGCGGAGCCACGGGAAUAUCCUCGAGUGGAUCCUUUCGUCGUGGAGAACAGCUCUUACCUGUGGGAUCCCUACAUGUACCGGUACCCGCCUUACCUUCCUUACGGGUACCCACCGUUCGUUGUGAGUCCGAGGAGGCGGGUGAGAGAGGAUCGAAACCGGUUAGUGGAAAGUAAAGCUGUGGAUGAUGCUGCGGCCGUUAUUCCGGGCACAGAUAUGACGCGCCAGGAACUGGAUGAUCGCGUCAUGAGUCAGCUUAUGGAGCACCGGCUGACCUCUGUUGGAGAUGCCCGGAAGGAGAGAGUCACGACUGACAGGGUUUCUGUGGCAACUGACAGAGCGACCGCGGAGUACAAUGCCGAGAGAGCUGCUGCUGCUUCCAGGCUGCUGAGCAGAAGAGGGAAACAGGAAGAGAAUGUGCUGAAGAAAUCUGUCACCUUCAUUGAGCAGGAAGAUGUCCACAACAUCCCAAACAGGGCCGAUGCUGAAGAACUUGUGAAUGAUGAAGAGUUUGACGAAUAUGGAAACCCGGCGAAGUUCACCGACUCGGGGGUCAACACAGAUUCCAGCCUCCUGUUUUACACUUCCCCUGGGAUCAAAGGUCGGCCAAGGUGGAACUACUGGCGCAAUGACCCUAGCCCCUCCUACAGCGAGAUCAGUGGUGGUAUUGCUGGUGAUGUUGCACCAAAGGAGCCGGGGCCAUUUAGGGAAACAGCUUUGCAGGCGCCUUUGGAAGCAAGAGACCAGAGGGAGUCACCUUAUAAUGUUGAAUGGACAAGUCCAGCCUUCAAGUAUGUAGACACAUAUGCAAAACACGACUACUCAAAUUCAGUGGAGGAGUGUUUGGGAACACCCAAACCACCUUCACAGCCUGACACAAAGGCUUUCAAGCGUAACUACACUGUUGCCUCAAGACCUAUUGCAAGCAUGACCCCUGAGGAGAGAGAGGAAACUCGCAGAGCAAACAGACGGCGUCGCGUGAUCAAGAGAGAAGCUGAAUGGCAAGCCCGCCUAGUGGACGAGGACAAUAUGAAGUCUCUGAUGCAGGACCAGCACCGUGAGAGGAUUCUGGGCCAGAUGGAGAGGGAUAGACAGCGUCAGAUUAAGGAGCAGCAGGAUAUCCAGCUUGCACGAGAGGCCAAAAAGAAAAUAAGCCAUGAGUUGAGAAUUCGCAUUGAGCAAAAUCAAAAAGAUGAGGCAGACAGAGAAAACAGACGCAUUGAAGCUCUUAGGAGAAGGCGUGAAAAGAGGGAGCAGAUUCAGGCACAAAGAGAUCAAGACAUUGCUGAAACUGUUCAAAGACGAGAGGACAUUCGCAAACAGAACAACGAGUCUCGACUUCAGUCCUGGACAGAGAAACUUAAUGAGCAGGACGCUAAAGAAGCAGCCCUAGACAAGCAGCACCGGGAUGCUAAAAUUAACCGCCUACGCCAUUAUAGGACUCUGGAAAAGGAAGGUCAAGACAGGAAAGAUUUGCGACUGGUUGUCAAAGAACAGAACCAAGUUAUAUAUAGGUCGCAAAUAUUUGCAUAAGUGAAUUAUAAAAGGGCUCUGAUCUCUAAUCUGUUUGUAUUGGUGACAUAUUCACCCCCCCCCCCCCCCCCCUUUUUUUUUUCUAAAUCAUUGUCUUGUUAUUUUCUAAAACAUGUCAUAUAUUAGCCUGUUUAUAUUCAAAGAAAAGCAUAUUUAUGGUUCUUUCAGUUGCUUUACAUACUUACCCUAAAGAUGUAUUGGGAAAUAAUUUUUUUUCAGAAGCUUCUAUGUACUUUUCUAAUAUCAUUAUUAGACCUUUGUGGUAAUGAAAUGGAAUUCAAAUUUUUAGAAUUGAUUUUUAUGACAUAAGUGGAAGGGAGUUUAAGUUGUAUUAUGUUCUUGAUUCUAUCAUUUCAAUGAAAAUGAUUUCGUGUUUUGCAUUUAAUUUAAUGCAGAAUUAUUUUUUUUCUCUUUAUGAUGAAUUAACAAAUGCAACUAUUAUAGCUGUAGCUAAUGUAGCUUAGUAAAGAUCUAUAAAUUUUACUGGUGGUGGAGUUAAAAAGCUUUUAGUAAACAGGUAUUCAAUGUUAUUUUUCUGAACGCAGACAUUUAUUUCAUUUACAUGUUCCUUUCUCAGAACCUACUUCACGAAAGGGAUAAUGUAUUUGAUCGUGUGUAUAGUUUACAUCGCAUAUCAUUAGCAUUUUUACUCAAGUGCAAAGAUAAUUUUUUUGAAAAAA